ACCAUAGGUUCGGUUUCGGGUCGGUCGGGUUUCGGGGGCCCUAAGGCUUGUGAACAAAUACAUAAUGGUGUCGUUUAAGUUAAUUUGGCAGUGCUUGUUAGCUCCGCGAUUGAUUAAAAUAUACGGCGAACGAACCUCUCAGGGUGCUUAUCAAUCAAACAAUUUGGAAAGAUGGGGCGAUCAAGUAAUUCACUCUCUGUAUGUGUUAAUGAAUGUGGGGCUAUACACCUCACCCCUUCUGGCUUCAAUCCUCUACCGCAGAGGAUAUUUGAUCAUAGAUAGCCUCAUAACUAUGGCCAAGGUAUUGACAGGACUUGGACUUACUCUGGCUGCUGCUUACUGUCUUCGGGGGCUUGGACGAGCAAAUAAUGUGGCCUACCUUGAGUUUCAAGCAGCACUAAAUGCUGCUGCUCGUCAUCUUAACAAAGAUACGAAAAAAGCCUUAUCUAAGUAUGACUUUGAAUUCUCUGGCAUGCCAGUUGAUUUCAAGUGGAAUGAUAGUGACAGUGAUGAGUCCAAACAACGUCUUUUUGUUAGAAAGCCCUCAUCUCGACGAAGUCCAGUGGAUCAAUUUAUUUCACUGCCCUGUCAAAUUGCUGCUUAUCUAGCAGCACACACAUUUGGAAUUCGAAUGGUUUACCCAGGGUCCAUUUCUCUUCUUGGUUACAUUAUGGGUCCUGUUCUACUUGAAGGCCGUGUCAAGCUGGUGGAAGAAAACAGUGGGGUUCGCAACAAACUGCUAGCUAGAGACGGCAAUGAGAUUGAUUCAUUUUUUGUUGACCGACGCAAAAGGACUCACAAAGGUGACAUGCUGGUAAUUUGUAGCGAGGGCAAUGCAGGUUUCUAUGAACUUGGUAUUAUGGUCACCCCACUUGAAGCUGGCUAUUCUGUCCUUGGCUGGAAUCAUCCUGGAUUUGGAGGUAGCACGGGAAUGCCCUAUCCUGAUCAAGAACUGAAUGCUAUGGACGUUGUCAUGCAGUUUGCUAUUUAUGGAUUAAAUUUCCCUGUAGAAAAUAUUAUUUUGUUCGGUUGGAGCAUUGGUGGAUAUGCUACUUCAUGGGCAGCAAUGAAUUAUCCAGAUGUCAAUUUGGUUGUUUUGGAUGCAUCUUUUGAUGAUAUUCUGCCACUUGCUAUUCCACGUAUGCCAAGUACCCUGGAGCCUCUAGUGCGGAGAACAAUUCGAGACUACAUUAAUUUAAACAUUGCUGAGCAGUUAAUCAAGUAUCCUGGACAAGUUAUGCUUAUUAGACGAACUGAUGAUGAAAUUAUUUGCACUGAGGAAAUGAAUUUAUCAACAAACAGAGGAAAUGAUUUACUAGUGAAGUUAUUAAAAUAUAGGUAUCCUAUGCUAAUGACUGCAGAUGUGAUGAGGGUUGUAAACGAGUGGCUAGCUGUGGAUGUCAAUGGUCAAAAUUCCUUGUGGCAACAUCAUAGAGUUAGAGAAGACAAAAAGCGCUUGAUGCAACUUUUUGAAGAGAGCUCGGGUCCAUUUCCUCUUCACAUUGGAGAAGAUUUGGAUACAAGUACCAAGAUACAGUUGGUGUUGUACCUUUGCAAGAAAUAUAUGUUGGACCUACGAUCUUCACAUUGCACUCCACUACCAGCCUCUAUGUUCCAUCCACCCACAGAGCUUGUAGAUGAACCUCCGAAUUUUAAGUGAAAGUUGACUUAAGCGUUUUAAUUUGUAGUAUGUGUUAUUUUUCUUUUCUUGAUUAUAUUAUUUUUCAUUUUAAUACGCUUGGGUGAGUUAAAUAAGCUGUUAUAUUGGAUAGUUGUUGACUGAGUCAGUGAGUCUGGUUCAAGUGCAUUUCCUUCUUUCUUAUCACAUUGAGGAGUCUCCUCAGUAAUUAUCUCAUGACAAUAGAGUUCAUUGGUUACAACGACAAAUAGUGGUUGUGCAAAGCCUAGUCGUCUAAGUUACAUUACGUGUGAUCCAUAAACAUUAAAUCAUUCCACAAUUCCGAAA